GCAUCCGUACACAACACUGUGCCGUCUCUGUUCCAGGGAGAAUAUCAGCUCUGCACAGGGAGGAGAGGAUUAGCGCGGCCACUCAGCUCAUCUGCAUACACACAUUCCCAGAGAAGCACAUGAGCACCCAGGGCUGCACCUCUUUUGUAUAAAACCUGGCACUCCUACUACACAGGGCUCCACUUGAUCCACUGUCACUGCUGCGAGAGGAUUUAAUAAGGACCACUGCUUUACUUUUUCUUUUUUGGACUCCAGAUUGCUGUCUGUGAUGUCUCUGUUUAACUGGGACAAUGCAAGUAAUAUCGUUUGAUACAGACUUGCUCUGAGGAUCAAGGAGCUUCAUCUUUCCUACUUUUCUACUGGGUUUGUUCCAUCAUCUGGUUGGGGGAAAACAACAGCAGCAGCAGGAGCAGAAUGCCAUCCAGAGAGUCCUACGAGGUUCACAAGGAAGAGAAGUCCCUGGUGCAAAAGGCCAAGCGAGAGGCCAAUCAGGAGGAUAUUCUGGCUGCUGCUCUGGGGAUGAGGAUGGGGCCACAGAAACCUCCAGCCGCUUUCUGGCAGCCACUUAAACUAUUCGCCUAUUCACAGCUCACCUCACUGGUGCGCAGAGCGACACUGAGGGAGAGCGACCGGUCACCCAAAUCGGAGAAAGUCCACAACUUCAAGGUCCACACCUUCCGAGGGCCUCACUGGUGCGAGCACUGUGCCAGCUUCAUGUGGGGACUGAUGGCCCAGGGGGUCAAAUGUGCCGAUUGUGGUUUGAACGUCCACAAACAAUGCUCCUCUCUGGUCCCCGAUGACUGCAAGCCCGACCUGAGACACAUCCGUAAAGUCUACAGCUGUGACCUCACCACCCUGGUCAAGGCUUAUAACACAGCGCGGCCCAUGGUGGUGGACAUGUGCAUACGAGAGAUCGAGUCCAGAGGGCUGAAGUCUGAAGGCCUCUACAGGAUAUCUGGAUUUAGCGAUUCAGUGGAGGAAGUCAAGAUGGCAUUCGACAAAGAUGGCGAGAAGACAGACAUCUCAGUGAACGCCUAUGAAGACAUCAAUAUCAUCACGGGUGCACUCAAACUGUACCUGAGGGAUUUGCCCGUUCCCGUCGUCUCGUACGACGCCUACCCCAGGUUCAUCGAGGCUGCCAAGCUCACAGACCCAGAAAAGAAGCUGGAGGCUUUCCGCGAGGCUCUGGCUCUGCUGCCGCCAUCGCACAGCGAAACUCUCAAGUACCUCAUGGCACAUUUAAAAAGGGUGACGCAGAAUGAGAAAUUCAACCUGAUGAACGCAGAGAACCUCGCCAUUGUUUUCGCUCCCACCCUCAUGAGCGCAGCGGACCUGGACGCCAUCACAGCGCUCAACGACAUCCGCUACCAGAGACAGGUGGUGGAGACGCUCAUUAAAAACGAAGACGUGCUCUUCUGAACACAGAUCAGGACUUUUAUACAACAGCCCUCUAAUCAUUCUUUUGUGUAUAAAGACUUGAUUACUGUUUGUAUUACACAUAGACUGUAUAUUAAGAUGGAGGACAAGAUGGCUUCCCAAAAGUGAAGCCAAAGCGCCUCGAUCGCCACCUGAUGGCUGGCUGCAGUGUUGGUCAUAUAUCCCGCUUCAUCCAUGUUAGUG